AAAUGUAAUACAAUACUGCUUCCUUAACUUGUUGAACCAUGAACAAUCAUAAAAUACAUGAAAACGUCGUAAAUUGUACUAAAUAUAUACAUGUUAUGCUUUAAUAACAUGUAUGUUAUUAAAUACCACAGACUCCACCACUGCCUCCACCAAUGCCUCCACCACUUCCUCAACCACUGCGAGUCCUAAAUACCCUCCCUCCGACCCCCCCAACUGGCAGCCAGCCCUCCCACCACUCAGUGUGAUUUGUUAUGAGGAGAAGUGGAGCUGUGAUUUACCUCUUGAGUAGACUUCUGCAACUUUCCAACACAUGGAACCUUUGAACCAUCCUGAUGUGACAAAAGUGAAUUGUAGAGGAGCUGAGCACCAGGGUUCCAUACGUCUGAAACAGGAUAUCAUGGAGAAGGAGCAUAUAUCUUGCUCAGAUGAAGCCACAGUGCAAGCCAGGUCACGAUCCAAGACCAAGAAGAGAAGGACCUCAACUUCAUCCUCGUCGUCGUCCUCGGCCUCUCCGAAUCAUAGGGAGGUAAAAAAGAAAAGGAAAAGAACAAAGUCUGCAUCGUCAAGAUCAUCUUCGUCAUCUUCAUCCUCUUCAUCAUCUUCAUCUUCCUCGUCGUCGUCCUCUUCUUCGUCAUCGUCGUCAUCGUCUUCAUCGUCAUCGUCCUCAGACUCGUCUGGGUCAGACAUGGAAGUGUUUAAUGGUAAAUUAAAAGGCAAGGCACUCAAAAAAGCCCUAAAGAAAAGGAAAAAGAGAGAAAAGGUUUUGAAGAAAAAACUCAAGAAAUGUAAAAAACAAGCAAAGGAGCAGCAGAAAAAGUCUAUUAAGAAAAAGGUAAAAAGACUAAGAAAGAAGCUGAAAAAAAUGAAGAAAAACAGAAAGAAGGAGACUAAAAAGUUAAAGAAGAAGAAGGUGGUGACCAAAGAGAAGCACAAGUCCGACACCGCAAAUCACAUCAAGAGCGAAUCCAGCAAAGACAAAACUUCAAAGUCUUCUAAGAAUAAGACAGACAUCACAGAAAAUGGUUCAUCGUCGGUGGGCCCGAGCAUAGACAUGAUGACUGCAAGCCAGGCCACAAUGCCUAUGACCAGGGAGGAGUGGGAGAAGCAAGAGAGUGUAAUGCGGCGUGUCUAUGACCAGGAUACUGGCAGGCACAGACUAAUCAAGGGUUCUGGUGAAGUGAUGGAAGAGUGUGUAAGUCGUGACCGCCAUCGUGCUAUCAACAAGGCUGCCACACAGGUUGAUGGAGAAGUUUUUCAAACCACUGUGAAGUCCCGUGCCUCAAAAUAGUCAUUGUAUGCUAUGUAGUGUACAUCACUUCUCAGCAUUUUGUAUGCCAUGAAGAUAACCUCUUGAGAAUGUUUAGAAAACAUCAAGGUACAUAAUUGUUUUCCAGAUCACUUCAUUUUGUGUUAGUUAAGCAGUGUGCUAUUAUUUUCACAACAGAAUGUUAGGUAAAAGACACAGAUGCAACUAAUGUGACAUUUGUCACAUUAGUUGUCAAUGUGUAAAUGCUUCACUCUCCAGGAGGUUUGUCAUGCUGCCUGGAAAAGCAAAACGUUGCCACGAUAUAAUAUCACAAUAGUUGCAUCUGUCUUCUUUUACCUAACAUUUCAUUUUCACCAUUUACCAAUAGAUCAUGAACUAAGAUAAACAUUUCUCAGAAUGUUUUCUUUAGUCUUCUAGAUAUAAUUUCUUGAAUGAAGCAAGUCUAAUUUAAAUUUGGGAUUUGUUUAAUUAUUCCUGUAUGAUUGAUGAGAAAAGCAUUUAAAUUAAAAUUGCAUUUUUGGGAUUGCUUUGAUAUUAUUUUUUAAUAUAUGUAUUGUUUUCCCUUGGUGUUGGACGUUUCCAACAAGUUGUAUACAUGUACCUUGUGUCUGGUCUCUGAAACAUUGAUUAUCAGAGCACUGAAUGUCUAUUGUCUCUGGUAUAAAUGUACUGAACACUUAUGAAUCUAAUGUUUGGCCAGAAUGUUUAUAUGCAUCCAGUAGCAUCUCAGUUUUUAAUGUCAAAAAUUUUAGCUUUUUCAGGUGAGAUAAUGGUAUAAUGUUUCUGCUAUGUUGUUAUUUUUGUGUUGUCCUCUGUCUUGUUACCUGUGUACUCUCAAAUACAUUUACAGGUCUGCUCAGAUUAAUAUGGAUACACACUACCUCGGGGAGGGGUCUUAUGAAAUUGUCUAAAGAAUUAUUAAAAAAUAAACUGAUGCUGCAGUUUAAAAACUCUAAAUCAGUUUGGUGUACCAGUGAAUAGUUACUUUUUUAUUAAUACAUACCAAUGACUAUUUUCAACCUGUUUUAUGUACAGGUACACAACUGAUUUUUCAACACCCUUGGUUCCUAAGCCUUGCUGGAAUAUUGAUUUUUGCCAUUCAAACAGAGGUCAUUUAAUAAUAAUAAUAAUAAUAAUAAUAAUAGUAAUAGUAAUAAUAAUUCAACAAUACACCUCUGACCCACUAAUUACUAUACACCUAAGUAUUUCAUUGUUUCAUAUAUUGUAUGGAGAAGUUUAUCCCAGUUUUUGAGGGCAGGUUAGGUAGACUAGAGCUGUCCUACUUAACAGUAACUGCAUCAAACACAUGCUUCCCUUAAGCCUUAAGUGAGUUUUUUUGUUUUUAUUUAGUGCCCUCUUGAAAUUUUGUCUGGAGCAAAAGAGGUGCCCGAGUAUCCAUUGUUGGAAAACCGUUGCUGUACCUGUAUUUUCAAAGAGUAAUUAUCAGACAUAUAAUUUUUUCCAUGUUUAGUAUUAAGACUGUAUUUGUAUUUAGGUAUGUACAGUAAACACUCUUACAAACCUUUUCUGUAUAGUGUGAUUUUUUUGCAAAUGCUAUUGAUAAAAUGGAUCCAAAAUUUAAUAGCACGUACUUUUACCUUUAAUUAGUUCCAAGAGUUUUUCUACUCUUGGAUUCCGGCAUUUGCCAAAAAAGUCACUAUAUCGAGGAGCUAUAUAAUUGAGCUGACUGUAAUACUGUAGCCAAGGAAAUUGUGAGGGUACGGUACUUAAUUAUUUUAAUGACUGGAGUGGUGAUUAUAUUUAAUCUCAGUAGUGAUUUGUUUCAAUGGUCAAUGUAGAUUAUACUCAGAGUAACAUUGUGCUUAUUUAUGAUGUACUGUGAUAGCUCAUAUUUAAACAUUCAGUUAUUUGACUCUAACAAAAGAGUAAUUGAAAAUAUGAAUGAAGAAGCUGCAUGUCUGUAUUUGCAUACAUGCAUGUAUGCUUGGUGAGUGUAUACAUGCAUGCACAUGACAGUCACAUAGUGUAUAAGAUCAGAAAAUGAUUGAAGUUAGGAGACAUAACUUCAUGCUCAUUAACCCUUAAACUGUCCAAACAGAUCUACAUUCACAUGCGUAGUGCUCCAAAAGUAGAUCUAUGUUUUUUUACAUAUUUUCAAAUAUAACAAAAAAAAAACGUAGAUCAAAGUUUUUUUUACACGUUUUCAAAUGUAAAAAAAAAAGAAAAAGAAGCUCUACGUUUUUUUACAUACUUUCAAAUGUUGAAAAAACGUACAUCUAUGUUUGGACAGUUUAAGGGUUAAAAGUAAAGUAUGUUGCAAGUCAUUAGACGAGUUUUUAAUAAAUAAAUAUUCCCAGAGUAAUGCCCUCGUCUUAUGGGUGUAAAGCUUCCAUAAAAAUCAGAAGAAAAGAUCAAAAUAAUGAAAAAAUAUUCAGGGUAUCACUACCAUAUUGUUCCGUUGAAGAGUUUCGACGGCCUUGAGCAGCUCCUGGUCAAUCUCACGCCUGUGACACUGACUACAAGAAUGCUUUUAUAUAUGACUUUUUUCAUAUUAAUAAGUUAUUUAAAUAAAAACUAACAUUUAUCUCAUUUUCGCUAAUAAAAAUAAGGGAAGGGAGGGGUGGAGGGAGGGUCCUCCCUCACAUGUACUUGUUUUUAAUUACAAAAUACAAGUUUAGCAACAAAACUGAUACACAUUACAGUACAGUGAUACCUCACAUAUCUGGCCUGCCAUUAUCCAAACCUCGCCAAUAUCCGAAAGGGCAAAAUUCUAAAAUUAGUACCAAACAUCCGAACAGUCACUUGGAUACAUCAGAAGACUGAAUCAAACUUGGAGUGCACUUUGAUAUCAAGAUGGUUCAUAAGAUUAUGGCCUACACAAGUGAGUUUUCUGCCCUCAAAAACUGGAAAAAGUGCUGAAAGAAAAGUGAUGGUGAAGCCUCAGAGCUUGGAACUUGAUUAAUGCAUGAUGAAGUGGUGCCUACAACAACGUGGUAGUGGCAUGAUGGUUCGUGGCGCCGACGUGCAGGACUGGCUAGUGUGCGACUAAGACGACCCUGGUGUGGAACCUCCUAUGGAUGCAGAGAUUGCAGAAUCAGUGUUGUACCCAGAACAUUCCAAAAGUGAUGACAACGACCCAGUGCCUCCAAGACCAAAAACUUCAGCAGCAAGGGCAGGUGUCAAAACACUUUUGGAGUAUUUGGAGCAUCCACUGUCCACAGCCUAUUUGAAAAGUUAUGAUCCUGUGGUCCGUGAAAUCCGGGAAGCUGUUUUUCAAGCCCGGAGUGUCUGGUCCCACUGCCAGAAGACGUUGGACUCAUUUUUUAAACCAACAGUGCCAUCACCGAUGGCGAUAUGACCGUAUGGAUGCGCAUUUUUUCCCCGUCAUGUAUCAGGAAACUUCAUGUUUCCGAACUGGUCUCAGCCCAUGUAGUUCGGAUAUAAGAGGUAUCACUGUAAUUACUGUAUGUAAUCAUGUUCAAUCUCCUUUCAUUUUCACUAAUUAUGCAAAUAGAAAUUGGAGUCCUUCAGACGUGACCAUAACGUGUGACUUCCGAGGUGAUAAACAACUUGCAUGUAAACAUUGUCUUCGGCAUCUUCACAUUUUAGCUCUGAUGAUGCAGAGGAUGCCUGCAUUGACUGCUAAGCAGGAAACAGCUAAUUUAGUCCCAUGUGUUAAUUAGGUCUGUGAUCCUGAGGACUUGAGUCCUGGUGGUGGGAAGUACAUUGACUGUACUCUGAAGGAGGGGUGAAAAUAUGUUUUGGUUUUUGAACUGUAGUGUCAGCAGGCCUCUGGCAAGACAGUGAUGGAGUGAGUGAUGAUGAAAGUUUCUUCUUUUUCGGGUCGCCCUGCCUCCGUGGGAAACAGCUGAUAUGCUAAAAAUAAAAAUGUGAAUAUCAUCAGUUUCUUUUUACAUGUAUACGAAAACAUUGCAUGUGUUGACCGGGGAUGCAGAAAAAACAUGAUUUACUCUCAUUUAUGUAGGUUGAAAAUAUAACUCUGUCUUAACUGAGAUUAUACAAACAUGUGAUAGUUUGAGGAACAGUACCUCAUCCUUUCCCUAGUAUUUUUUAUUUUAUCUGUACAAUAUGAUAAAACAUAAUACAAGAGAAGGCAGUAAAUGCUACAACCAUAGGAAAUCUACUCAAAUUAUGUAAUAGAUUAUGUAUUGAAGACAGGACACCAACAGCAUAGCUGUACUCCUGUAGCUACAGUUAUUACAGAGACCUGGAUGUACCAUCUAGCUGGAGAGAGAGAGAUGCUGCUCACAGAUACUAUUUAUUCUUCAUUGACACAUACAGUCCCCUGUAACCACUGUAAGAGCAAGUUUAUUUGAAGAACAAAAAGUCACUGUCAUGACUGGAACAAUGCACAAAUAACCCAUACAUAGGAGAAAGAAACUUAUGAUGAUGUUUUGGUCUUACUUGGACUGUUAAUUAGUCACACUAACACAUGAAGGUAAGGGAGUUAGGUUUUUUUUUUUUUUAAUAUCCCAAACCCCUCCUUUAGAGUGCAGGCAUUGUACUUCCCAUUUCCAGGACUCAAGUCCAGCUAUAUAAAAAUAACCAGUUUCCCUGAAUCCCUUCACUAAAUAUUAUCCUGCUCACGCUCCAACAGAUCGUCAGGUCCCAAAUACCAUUCGUCUCCAUUCACUCCUAUCGAACACGCUCACGCACGCCUGCUGGAAGUCCAAGCCCCUCGCCCACAAAACCUCCUUUACCCCUUCCUUCCAAUCUUUUCGAGGACGACCCCUACCCCGCCUUCCUUCCCCUACAGAUUUAAAUGCUCUCCAUGUCAUUCUACUUCGAUCCAUUCUCUCUAAAUGACUAAACCACCACAACAACCCCUCUUCAGCCCUCUGACUAAUACUUUUAUUAACUCCACACCUCUUAAUUUAGUAUAUAUACAAAUAUAUUUAUUUUGUUUUGUUUAAUUAUUUAUUACAGUACAUAUCCAACCAGAGAUUCCACUGUCAGGAACGUAAACUGUGGAUAUGGAUUAUCAUUUUGUUGUGAAUUUCCCUGUGUAUUCAAACAAGCACGUUACCUCAGUGCCACCAAGGCUUCAUAAGAAGAGCAAUAAGAAGUGAAAGUCGAGUGGGCUUGGGAAGUAUGUAGAAAGUUGUUUUUGAAGAAUGUCCUUUGUACCUGACAGCUACUAUUCUCAUAUAAGUGUCCCAAACACUGAUCAAGGAAAUGGUAAAUCCCACAUGGAUAGGAAGUAUAACACAGAGUGGAAUUAAUUUAUGCAAAGUUGCCUGAAUCAGAGGUCCCUCAUCUCUAAUUGAGUCCAGUGUAUGCAGAUCCUUUCCAUUCCAUUUUACUUUCCAUCUAUCAUAUAUGGGAUUUGCCAUUUCAUCACAGCUUCUGUUUUCAUAUGUGAUUUUUUUUGUUUCAUUUAAUAAUUUCAGUAUUAAUACACCAGCUGUUACUAGAAGCUUAUCCCUUAAGUAGACUAGUUCUUCUUCAUGAGUGGAUGUCACGUUAGUUCAUCGUGGGAUGUUAUAUAUGUCUGUGUAUCAGUAAUAUAAACCAUUGAGAAAGGUGACUGGAGAGACAGACAAUAUUUUAUCCUGCAUCCAAGGUCUUCAAAAUAGUGAGUGUGGUGGUGGGGAAGGUAUGCACUUAUAACCCUUCAACUGUCGAGACCCCAAAUUCUGAAAUCUCUCUCUUUGUAACAAAAUAUUAAAAAAAAAAAUAUUUUUCUUAUGAAAUGAUAGAGAAUGUUUCCCCGAUGGUAAUGACACCAAAAGUACGAAAUUUGAUGGAAAACUUAGGAAAUUACGCUCUUGCAAAGUUAGUGAUAUCGGCGGUAUUUACGCAUCAGCGAUUUUGCCCACUUUGAGCUCUAGUUUUGGCCAGUUCUAUUGUUCCAGUCGACUAAAAUCAUAGCUAUUUUGCUAGAAACUGCCCAUUUACAGAUUUCAGCUACCCAAUACAGUAUAGUCAGAAAUUGGCAAUUUGGCCAGUUUUAUGUAAAUUAAAAAAGAUGCCAUUUUCAAAAUAGGGCCCAGAAUAAACAGUGCAGACAUUUCUGGCACUAAAAGAACAUUUUCUCUGUUCAUUAGUCAUGUCUCCAGGACCCUCUUAUAUUACUCUUGCUUUCUAUUUUGAAUUCUUAUUCACACAAAAAAUAGAUUUACUGUUAUGCAGACUACUGCAUUAUUGUAAUAAUUGUAUAAAUAAUGUCAACCCAUUCAUGACUGCAUACAUAGAAUGACUAGUUGGACACUUAUUGGACAUGUGACAAUUUGUUUACUCUUGAACAUCGGCAAAAAUUGAACACUUCCGCUACUUUGAGCUCGAUUUCAAGGUCCUUUUUAUCAUGAAACCAAUCAAAAGCAUCUCUAUUUCUGUAAUAUGUCUUCCAUUCUAUCAAAUGAGACCAAGAAAAUGAGAAUACAACCAUAAAUACUAUACAAAAAAACACCUCAAAAUCGGCAGUUUAAUCCAAAAACACGGUCGGAGUUUUUUUUCUCAUUAUACACUGCGUGCUGCAGGAUUUUUUUUUAUAUUGCACGCACUGACCACACAGACCCAUUCUCUCACAUGUAGGCCUACCAGCUUUCUCCUGCUUGAUUUGAAGCCUCUAGAAUUUUGGCAUAUUAAUACGUCACCGACGCUGGCUCAUAAGACGUAUAUAUAUGACACCGACAUUCAAAGGGUUAAAGUGACAGGAGAGAAGUCGCCUGUGAGUCAGUUCAAGUGACUUCCUUUGGGGGUAAACUUGAGCUAUUUAUCACUAAAUAACAAAAAGGCACAGUACUGUAACUGGAACAAUACACAACCUGCACAUAGAAAGAAACUUAUGAUGACAUUUCAGUCUGACUUGGACCAUCAACUAGUCAUAUGCCGUGUGACUAGUUAAUUAUGAAGACAAAGAUAAAAUUUAUUUCUCUGCAAAGGUUACAAUGUGUUUUACAUUUUAUAUAUGUUGUUAGGUACAAAGAAAGCCACUAACAUGCCAAGGCAUUUCGGGCAGACUAAUUCCAAUACUUACAACCAGAAACAUGAUAUGUUUCUCCUAUAUGUGGAUUAUUUGCAUACUAUUAACCCUUAAACUGUCCGAACUUAGAUCUACAUUGAUGUGUGUAGCACUCCGACCUUGAUUUUCUUCAUUUGAAAGCAUGUAAAAUCGUAGAUCUAUGUUCAGAGCACUACGCACGUCAAUGUAGAUCUAUGUUCGGACAGUUUAAGGGUUAACACUUUCACUGUCGGUGACGUAUAGGUACAGCUUACAAGUCAGUGUUCCUCAUGUAUUAAUACGUCAAAAUUCUAGCGGCUUCAAAUCUAGCAGGAGAAACUGACAGACCUACAUGUGAGAGAAUGGGUCUGCGUGGUCAGUGUGCGCAUUAUAAAAAAUCCUGCAGCACGCAAUGCAUGAGAAAAAAAAAAUGACCGUGUUUUUGGUUUAAAACACUGACUGAGGUGCAUUUUCAUAUGGUAUUUAUGGUUGUAUUCUCAUUUUCUUAGUCUCAUUUGAUAGAAUGGAAAGUAUAUUACAGAAAUAGAGAUGAUUUUAAUUGGUUUCACGAUAAAAAGUACUGUACCUUGAAAUAUAGCUCAAAGUAGUGAAAACGUUUGAUUUUUGCCGAUGUUUAAGAGUACAUAAUACAUGUCCAACUGGCCAGUCUAAUAUGCAGUCAUGAAUGAGUUGACAUUAUACAAUUAUUACAAAAUGCAGUAGUCUGCAUAACAGUAAAACUUCUAUUUUUUUAUGUGAAUAAAAAUUCAAUAUGGUAAGUAAGAGUAAUAUAAGAGGAGCUGGAGACAUGACUAAUGAACAGAGAAAAUGUUAUUUUAGUUCCAGGAAUGUCUGUACUGUUUAUUCUGGACCCUAUUUUGAAAUUGAGUUUUUGAAAUUUGUGUGAAAUUGGCUAAAUUGCCAAUUUCUGACCACUUUAUUGGGUAGUUGAAAAUGGUAAAUGGGCAGUUUCUUGUACUCAAUCAAUAAAACAAAUGCAGUUCUAGCGAAAUAGCUAUGAGUUUGGUCGACUGGAACAAUGGAAUUGGCUGAAAAUAGGGCUCAAAGUGAGCAAAAUUGCCGAUGGAUAUAUAUUGCCAAGACUGCUAACUUCAUGAGAGUGUAACUCCAUAAGUUUACCAUCAAAUUUUGUACUUUUGGUAUCAUUACCAUCGGGAAAAGAUUCUCUAUCAUUUCAUCAAAAAAAAAAUUUUUUUUUUUUUAAAUUCUUCAACACAGAGCAAGUUUGUGAGCAGGGGUCUCGACAGUGAAAGGUUAAUCACUAUAAAUCAGCUACCUCCUCUACAUAUGCUCUGCUGAAGGUUGCCUCAGAUGCAGGCUUAACCUUUAAAUUGUCCAAACGUAGAUCUACGUUCACUCGUGUAGUGCACUGAACGUAGAUCUACGUUCCAUUUUACAUGCUUUCUUAUGUAAAAAGAAUGUAGAUCUAUGUUCAGAGCACUAUCGAAGUGAACGUAGAUCUAUAUUUGGACAGUUUAAGGGUUAAAUGUUCAGUUAGUCUUCAUGAUUAUUUUCACACAUGAUGAGUUUAUGCUUAUAAUUUGCAUAACAGGCAAAAUAUUUGCAAACAUUAUAAGCAUUCUAAUGUGUGUCUAGUUUAGUGCAUGGGAAAGGAGAUGAAAAAUUAAUCUGCAGCCUCGUGCUACUGACUGGAGCAAACACAUAGUUUGCUGGGCAUCAGAGUUGUGUGUACUCUGGCUUCUUGUGGAUAAUACUGCGUAGUCUGUCCCAAAGUUUGUAGGUUUCCACCUACUUUGGCCUGAGAUAAAUGCUGGUUUUAUAUCAGAUUGACCAGUACACUCCUGCACUGUGUUUGCAUUUGUCUGUAGAUUUUAAUGAAGCUUUCCUUCUGUGAAUGACUUUUUCCUGAGAAAGAUGGCUCUUGUGGCAUGGUUUUAACAACUUCAUGUCAAGAUUUUUGAAAAGUGCUAAUCUUAGCCCAUUUGAGUAUAGCAUUAUUUUGUAAAGUUUGUAAGAAAUGGUUGUUUUGCAUCUGUUUUAUAGGUUUUCAGCUAAACUGUUGCAAUUAAGAACUAAAGCAUGUAAAAUACUGAAUUCAUUCAUAAAAUAACUCUUCAUAUACAUUAUGCAUCUAGAAAAACUUUCAUAAUACUAUGGCUUAAAGUACAGUUUAAUACAGAAAAUUCAGAAUAUGCAAAAAGUAACAAUUCAGUGGAGUGCUUGGGAUUUAAACCUGUAUUCCAGGCAUCCCAGACUACAGGUUUGAAUCCCAGUCACCCCAUUAUUUGUUUCUGCUGUGAGAUCAUGCCAUUGUAUCUCAAUGUUUUUUUUUUUUUUUUUACCUGUUAAUAAUAUGAGAAAUCUUCUUAGAUAAUCCACAAAUUGGAGAAACUAGAUGAUGAUUUGAUCCAUUUUGAACUGUGUAUUGUCAAGUUGACUUGAUAAUGGGCCAAGAUGGAGUGAAAUGUCCUCUAGUCUUUUAUCUAAUUUAUGGUAAAUUGUGGGUUGUUGCAGCACAGUAUUGUGACUUAUUCUUUAGGAGAAGUAUUCCAAUUCAUUAACAGAAUAUUAGUGUAUACAGAACAGGUUGAAAAUAAUUAUAAUGUGUACAGGACUAUCACACUGUAGUAAGGUAUUGUACAUUAAAUUAAAAAAUAUAUA